CUUUCUGUACCCUCUCCUUACUGUGGUACUCAGUGCCUUUGUGCACUAGGUCGAGACGACGACCUCGAUGGCCUCAUAACUUGCCAAAGAGUUUUGUGAUUUUACGAGAACAGGGCAGCCCUGUUCGCGCUCACUGCUCGGCUCCAGAUGCGUCCGGGACUGGCGGGUAUAGCGGUGGAGAUGCUGAGCGGUGUCACCAGCAGGGCCAGGCCGAGGCUCAGUAGCUUCUUACUGGCCCCCACAACCAAAACAUUGCCGCAGAUGUCAGGCACCGGGCACCGCAGAUUCCGGUCCACAUCAUCGGCGCAGGGGUUUUCGGAGCUAGCAAGAGAGCGGUCGAAGACUGUCACUUCAUUUUAUAACCAGUCUGCAAUAGAUGUGUCAGCGGAAAAGGCCUCAGUGCGACUAACCUUAGCAACCCUCCUGUAUUCUGGGAAAUCUCCAGAGGGACACCACAUCUUGAGCAGUGCCAAGUACCUUCACAAGGAGCUGCCUGUGCGAAUCGCCCACCGCAUCAAGGGCUUCCGCAGUUUGCCCUUCAUUAUUGGUUGCAACCCCACUAUUCUGCAAGUGCACGAAUUGUACAUCAGAGCGUAUCACAUGCUGUGCGACUUUCCUCAGAUCGAGGACCAGGAAGCGGAGGCUCGUUUCUGUAAGCUGGUGCAGCAGCUGCUGGAUGACCAUAAAGACGUGGUCACCAUGCUGGCCCAGGGCUUCAGGGAGUGUCGCCGGCACAUCCAGGACGAGACCAUUAUCAGAAACUUUCUGGAUACAACGCUGUGCUCUCGUUUGGGAAUCCGUAUGUUGGCCACACACCAUCUCGCCCUGCAUGAAGAUAAUCCUGAUUUCAUUGGGAUCAUAUGCAGACGUCUGUCUCCUAAAAAGAUCGUAGAAAAGUGGGUGGACUUCGCCAGACGUCUGUGUGAACACCAGUACGGUAACUCUCCGAGGGUGAGGAUCAACGGACACGUAGCGGCUCGAUUCCCCUUCAUCCCUCUGCCUCUGGAUUACAUCCUGCCGGAGCUYCUGAAGAACGCCAUGAGAGCUACCAUGGAAAGCCAUCUGGACACCCCCUACAACGUUCCUGAUGUCGUCGUCACCAUCGCCAACAACGACAUUGACUUUGUGAUUAGGAUUUCAGACCGUGGAGGCGGCAUUCCUCAUAAUAUAAUCGACAAAGUGAUGGACUACCACUUCAGCACGGCAGAGGAGAGCGCGCAGGACCCCCGCAUGAGCAACCUCUUCAACACCAUCACCAACAGUGGGAAUCAGUCCAGCCCCAUGCACGGUUUUGGGUUUGGCCUGCCUACAUCCAGGGCGUACGCCGAGUACCUCGGGGGGUCUCUGUCCGUGCAGUCCAUGCAGGGCAUCGGCACGGACGUCUACCUGCGCCUGCGCCACAUCGACGGCAAGGGAGAGAGYUUCAGAGUGUGAAGCCCCCCCACCAAAAAGGAAUCAGGCCACGCAAGAGGGUUUCCCACCACGAAGAUAAGCAACGAUGGGUUUAUUUSUCCACAGAGUGGCAGCCUUCACAUCGUUUCAUCAGUGUUUUUAUUUCCUUUUCUUUAGAYUGAUUAUAAGCUAUGUUAGCUCUCAAAUUUCAUUUGUUCUCCUUUGGCGUUUCGUACCCUGUGGCAUGUCGUCUCMAAGUCUCUGCGGCUCAUGGAUUUUUGAAUGUUUUGAUGAUCGGGACAAACUGUGCAUGAUAGUGGACACUGAUGGUAACGAGCGAGAGGAAGGACAGAAAGAAGAGCUUUGUUGUUUUUUUUUUAAGAAGAAGUUAAUUUGAAGUUACUURUUGUGUAGCCUUAAUGUAGAAAUGAAGCUUCAGAAACACUCCAUCCUUGUUGAAAACUCCUUUAAAGCUGCUCACAGCUUCCGUUUGGAUCAUCAGAGCCGUAGUUUAAUUGACCACAGGCGGCAUUAAAAAUCACAUUUUAGGUCAAAAUCAAAGGUCUACAAAAUAAACUUGUGUGAGUAGCACACAAGGUAAACUCCAGAGUCUUCGUUGAGCAUUUAUUUUAUUUGAUCAACCUUUUACCCUGUAAGUGAAAGAACUCUCUAAGGCUCUUAAAUAGUCCAAACUGCCAAAACACCAAAUGCUCGUUAACAUCUUCAGGUCUCGUUUUGCUCGGAGACAAGUCGCCCACAAAAAACAAGACAAACAAACAUCUUUGUUCAGUGGUUUUGUGGAUCUUUCUGGCUGGGAAGGCGACGGAUGUUCAGCUGCCUUACCGUACGACUCAAGUCCCUGAAGUGCAUGCUGAUUUUUACUCGUCUUCAUUUCUGUUAGAUGCCUUCACCAUGUCAGUCACGCUCAUUAGUUUGAUGUUUUGCACAAUAAAUAGAUAUCACAUUUGUAACRCUCGGCGCCUUCACCAGUCGUCGCUGUUUAUUCUAACCACCCACAAAGUAACAAUAUAUUGUCUUUUUUUUCUAUUUUCUUUAACAGUCUGGGUUGAACUUAUAGAGUUUUUGAUGAGACAGGGUCAACAAGGUUUCUUGCACUAAAAAAGUUUCUUGAUUGGCUUAAGUUGCUACUAACUUUUCAGCCGAUGAACUCCAGAUCUCAGCUUGAUUUUGUAAAUAUAUCAACGUAASUGUCCUCAUCUUUUCUUUGCGAUUACAUCCGCUUUACUCAAAAUGUACCAAAAAAAAAAAAGAUUCAUCCUAAAACUGUAAAAUCUCAACCGAUCAUAAUUGCGAUGCAAAUAUGGCACGCAGCAUAAAAAAACAGUUACAGCCCCCGACUUCAUGCAGCGUCUUCAUUUUUUUCACUGAAAAUGGACAGUUGUUCCUUGUGGAAAGUGAGGAAUGUGUGGUGAAGACAGUUUAAAGGCAUCUCUCUGAGCUGAGGCUAUUGGAGACUAGUUGGUGAGUUGAAACUAAAAAAAAAAUACACAUAACCGUUGUUUGGUCUCAUUCUGAGGGGCCAGUUUUUGAGAAUCAUUUAGAACUUUGCGGUAAACUAAAAAGCCAGAACGAGCAGUCCUAACAUUGUUUUGAACGUUUUUCAGAUUGCUGCAGUUGUGCGAUUGGUUAACCUGUUGUUUUUAUUUUAUUUUUUUUACAAUUACUUUUUUUAUUAGCAGCUCAUGUUACUGUAUGUUCUGUCAUAAUUCUAAACUAAAAGGGCAUUAGGAGUCUAGUUUAUAUUUGCUUUUUGGACUCAUCUGCAUGCUGUUUUCUCAAAAAGCUAACUCGCAUAAACAGUGACCUUACUGAGAUUUUCUUUAUUUUCACAAAACACACCAAAUGUUUUCAAUCUUACAUCUGAACAUCUUCAUCUGCUGCUUUUGAUGCUUUUUAGUUUACAUUUAAAUGAAAUUUCGGCACCGGAUCACGUCUUUGUAAGAAUUAAAACAUGAGGCAAAAUAUUUAUUUAUCCCACAAUAGUUUUGUUUUGUUUUUUGUCACGCAAUGAGAAAAUCUUUUAUAUGAACCAGUGUGUUUCACGUACCUUUAAAGGUCUUGGAGAUAAAAGUGUAAAAUAUGUAGUGUAUGCAUGUAAAAAGAGGAAGAACGUGGUUUAUGUUUGUGUCCUAAAAGAGAUGCAUCUGAUGAUGAUCAGCACCUUUUCAGUGCCAUAAAAUGAGCACUGAACGCCCUCUGCUGGCCUGGUAAAGUAAAGACAGGUUUCUUUCAAAACCUUAGAGACUAUUGUUUGUUUCUGUCCUUGUUUUUCAGAUCAAAACUUAAAAUAUAUAUAUAUUAAAAUUGAAUUGGAGUUUUGUUACCGACAAAUGUUUCAGAGUUUUUUGUCUUCUUGACUAACAAUUUCUUAUGUUCUGAAUUGUUCAACUCUUAGUAAAUAUUCAAUUUUACCUGGUCAGAA